AUGGCUGUCAAAAUAGGCAAGACCUCAUCCCCUGCGAAGAAGCCACAGGAUGAUAAGAAGUCCAAGGCCAGCAAGGGCUCCAAUGCAGCUCCGGCACAGCUAAUUGCUUCCGUUGCCGCAUUCCUGUCCGAUUCUGGCUUCUCCAGCGCCAGUGAGGCUUUCGCCAAAGAGCAGGAUGUCAAAUCGAUCGUCAAGUCCCAGAAGAAUGUGCCUUCUUUGCUCGAGGUCUUCCAGAAAUUUGAAAGUGAAUCGAAGGAGGCCAGCUCUAGCUCUUCCAGUAACUCGAGUAGCUCCGACAGCUCCGACAGCAGUGACUCGGACAGCGACAGCAGCUCUGACGAUUCCAGCGACUCCGAUGUUGAGAUGGAUGAUGCACCGAAGGCGCAGUCGAAGAAGUCGUCUAGAUCAUCAUCUCUUUCUUCCUCUUCUUCUUCAUCAUCCUCCUCCUCAAGCUCCGACAGCGAUGCCGAUGACGAAGACGAGGAAGAAGCGGCCCCUGCUCCUACCCCUAAAUCCACUGGCGUGAAGCGCAAGGCCGAGUCCUCGUCUUCCGAAUCAGACUCCGACUCCGAUUCCAGCUCUGACUCUUCCUCUGAGGAGGAAGCGCCCAAGAACAAGAAGGCGAAGCUUUCUAAGGCCGAGGAGUCUUCAUCCUCAUACUCUGAUUCUUCUUCAGCAUCGGAAUCCGAGUCAUCAGACAGUGAGAGUGACUCGUCCGAUUCGAGCUCCGAUUCAGACUCCUCUUCGGACCCUGAAUCUGAAUCUGAAAAGGAAAGCACUAAGAAGGCUGAUAAGAAGGCCCUCAAAACUGCAACCAAGACACCCCUCCCUGCUUCUGAAUCUAGCUCUAGCUCUAGCGGAUCUAGCGACUCGUCCUCCGAUUCAUCCUCGGAUGAAGAUUCUUCGGAUGACAAGAAAGACUCUUCGAAGUCGCCCGACAGCAGCAGCACUCUCCAAGGCUCGGAUUCGGAUGCCCAGAAUGCAAACAAGGCUACUCAACAGGUCCAGGAGACCAACUCGUCAAGUGCUAGCCCUGCCCCCGGAAAUGAGUCGUCCAAGAAGAAGCACACCGGUGCCCGACCUACCCCUCUUGCUGCUCUGAGCGAGCUUCCCCACGACCAUCCCUCGAACACUUAUGUCCCCUAUGCCUAUGCGGAGAAAGCAUACAAUGACUUGAUCAUCACUCGUGGAAAGGGCUUCACUAAGGAAAAGAACAAGAAGAAGCGCGGCUCUUACCGCGGAGGUCCCAUUGACAUCACUGGAGGAAAGUCUUUCAAGUUCGACGAUUAG